AUGGCCUCCGAUGCGCUCACUACGAUGGGCACCUGCAUGUUCGACGAUGCGGUCAUGGCGGCUAAGCUCCCAGCAGCCGUCGUGCAGCGCUUCAACGAGUGCCUGGUGAGCGGUGCGCCAACUCCGGAGGAGGACAUGAAGGUUAUUGCUGAUACCAUGUACAGCUGGGCUCGCGAGCGCGGCGCGAUCGACUUCGCGCACUGGUUCUUCCCCCUGCGUGGUGGAGGCGGCGCCGUCGGUGGCAUGCUCGGGGCCUUUAAGAAGGACACCCUCAUGGACCUGGAGUUCGGCUCCAAGUACACGACGAAGCCCAUGAAGGCCUGCUUGCCAGCGGAGCGCCUCUUUCAGGGCGAGACGGAUGGUUCCUCUUUUCCAAACGGAGGCCUGCGAGUGACCCACUCCGCAGCCGCUUUCACCACCUGGGACCGGUCCUCGCCUCCUUUCGUGAUGGACAAGUGCCUGUACAUUCCGUGCGCCUUCGUGACGCAUUUCGGAAAGUGCAUCGAUGAGAAGACGCCCUUGUUGCGAUCCAUGGAUGCAGUGACCCUCCACGGCUUGCGUCUCUUGAAGAACAUUGGAAUCGGCACCGAUGCCAAGUGCAUGUUCAGCUACCUGGGAUGGGAGCAGGAGUUCUUCGUGCUGAGUGCCGCCCACUACAAGGCACGCCCCGACUUGGUGAACACCGGGCGCACGCUCUUCGGCAAGCUGCCCACCCGCCACCAGCAGGGAGACUUGAACUACUUCCAGGCGAUCCCCGGCAAGGUGCAGGAGCUUCUCGAUGUUGUGCAGGCCGAGAUGUUGAAGAUCGGUUGCCCCAUGGCCGUGAAGCACAACGAGGUGGCACCUGGACAGCACGAGAUGUCCCCCGUCUUCCGUGCUGCCAACGUGUCCUGCGACAGCAACGUCUGCUUCAUGGAGGUCAUGAACCGGGAAGCCGCGAAGCUCGGCCUGCAGGUUCUUUUCCACGAGAAGCCCUUUGCCGGCAUCAACGGCAGCGGCAAGCACGCCAAUUGGUCCGUCGGCACCGACACGGGCUUGAACUUCUUCUACCCAGGCAAGAACGAAGCCGGUGCUAAGCUCUACGUCACCGCCAUUGCCUGCCUGUCCUAUGGCCUUGCACAGUACAACGAGAUGGUGCGUUGCACCGUGGCAAGCGCCGGCAACGACCACCGCCUCGGUGCGCAGGAGGCUCCUCCAGCCAUCAUUUCUCUGUACCCUGGUCAGGGCUUCGAGGCUUUCGUGGAGAGCAUCUGCUCUGGAGGCGACCUCCUCGGAUACAAGGCUGAGAAGAAGAAGCAGGAGACGGGCUGCAGCGCUGCCAUGCACAUUGAGGCCAACGUCGAGGACCGCAACCGCACGGCCCCGUUCCCAUUCUGUGGCAAUCGCUUCGAGUUCCGUGCUGUGGGCUCCUCCCAGAACUGCUGCCUCCCGAUCAUGGUUUGCAACGCGAUCAUGUCGGCGGGCAUGGCUCACCUGUCCAGCCUUAUUGAGGGUGGCAUGAGCCAUCGUGAUGCCGUGGCAAAGAUCUACACUGAGAACAAGCACGUGAUCUUCACCGGCAACGGCUACUCCGCGGAAUGGCCCGUGGAGGCAAGCAAGCGAGGCUUGCCGAACUUGAACACCACGCCCAAGGCCAUUGCCACCUGGAGCUCCGAGAAGAACACCAAGCUUCUCGAGACCCUGAAGAUCUACACCAAGGAGGAGACAGAGGCACGCGAGGAAGUGAUGUACGAGAACUACAUCUCCUGCAUGUGCUGUGAGGUGGAGACCAUGAUCCAGAUGGUGGAGACGGGCUUCCUGCCAGCCUGCGCCAAGGAUCUGGAGAAGUUCAAGGGCUUCGACAAGCUCGCCGGAAGCCGAAAAACCGUGUACGACAGCAUCGUCGACGAAUCGGAGAAGUUGAAAUCCCUGAUCGCAGCCAAGCCCCACAGCUCUCUGGCGGAGGAGGCCACCUACCUGUGCGACACCGUGAAGCCGCAGAUGGUGGCACUCCGCGCCAAGGUGGACAAGGCGGAGAGCAUGAUGGAGUCGUCUCUCUACCCUUACCCCACCUACGAGGCCAUGAUCUACUCUCACCACUUCUGA